AAUUCAAGAAAGCAAUAAACCUUUCUUCAGAUAUUUCUCCUUCUUUUCAGUUUCUAACAGCAACAUUGACAGUAGCAUUUUGUGCUACUCUUUACGUGAUGCUACGAGAUCAAGGGAAGGAAUUCAUUCCAAUAACCGUGCUUGCUGGUAUUCCUAUCAUGUGCUUUGUGUUGUUGCAGUUUCCUCUUCUUGUUGAGAUUACUGCUUUAACUCUUAGGCCAGACAUCUUUGGUAGAAAAACUGCAACAACACGGUUGUUUGAAUUGCUUGCCGGUUCUAUUCCUAUCCUUGCAUCUGUAGUUGACGUAGUGAAAACUAGACUGAUCGUUGGACGGAAGCUAAGAAAAUUCAAGAGACAGAUGACUAAUUUGGAGAACCAAAUGAACACUCCAUAGAAGCAGAAUCGGAUGGUCAUGGUUAAGUAUAUUUUGGGUUUUUUAGCUAUGUGGAGCAAUUAAACGACUCUAGUCUAUAUAUUUUCUAGUUGGAAUAAAUACUUGGUGGAUCGAUGUAUAUUCGUUCCAGAUUUCGAACUUCUAAUAAUAGUCAAAUUCUUCU